GCUGCAAGUUGUAGUGAAAUUUAAUAAAUCACAAAAUAAAUAUAAAAGAUACGUAAGUCGCAAUGGCUGAAACGGAAAUAAUAUCUAGUAGUGACAAUAAUAAUCAAUUUUUUGAAGGUGUUGAAAAGCUCAUAGAGAUUUGGUUUACGCCGGCAAUAAAAGGGGAUCUAAGAAAAAUCACUCGAAAACAGUGGGAGAAUGUUCUUAAGAUAGUGCGCUGUGAGAUCAUCUCUUUCACACAGAGCGAGCAGGUCGACGCUUAUGUCCUUAGCGAGAGCAGUAUGUUCGUGUCCCGUCGCCGGUGGAUCCUCAAGACGUGCGGCACAACGACUCCGCUCCGCUGCGUGCGCGCAGUGCUCUCCCUCGCACGCGACGUGGCUGGCCACGCAUGCGUACACAACGUGUUCUAUUCGCGGCGGGAGUUCGCGCGCCCGAAGGCGCAGUUGACUCCGCAUGAUAAUUUCUUGAAAGAGGUGGAGCUACUGGACUCGUUCUUCGGCGACGGGCGCGCCUACAUCAUGGGCCCGGAGAAGGACUGCUGGUACCUGUACACGCUGUUGCCACUUGAAGGUACAGUGGACGCCCUGGAGAAGGAGCAACACGGGGCGGUGAUCCGGGAGUCCUCGGAGCCGGACCAGACCAUCGAGAUCCUGAUGUCGGAGCUGGACCCGGAGGUCAUGGACAUCUUCACACGAGCCGCCUGCGAGGACGCCGCGCAGGCCACCAGAAAAUCGGGCAUAGACAAAAUCAUUCCUGGGAUGGUCAUAGACGACUUCUUGUUUGAUCCAUGCGGCUACUCUAUGAACGGGGUCGCUAAAGAUGGAGAUAAGGAUUUACCGUCAGGCUGCUACAUGACGAUCCACAUAACGCCGGAGCCCUCGUGUUCGUACGUGUCGUUCGAGUCCAAUGUUCCGGUGUCGUCGUACGACGAGGUCAUCGCCCGCGUGCUGCGCGCCUUCCGCCCGAACAAGUUCGUGCUCACCGUUUUCGCUACGCCGGACUCGCCCGCGGCCGACAGCCCGCGCCAGCUCACCAAGUUCUCCUCGCUGGGCGAGUUCCAGCAGAAGGAGGCGCAGUACUGCCGCUUCUCCGGCUACGAGCUGCACUACGCGCUGUACAACAAGUUCCCGAGCUGAGAGCGCCGCCGCCGCCUGCGCGCGCUGCUGCCGGGCGCGCGGCGGCUGCUGGCGCGCCUGCUGCGUGCCACCUGCCAGCUCUGACCCGCCCCACGCCCGCUUUCUACUAUUCUAAUGUUUCGUUAACCGCUUUCGGGCUUCGCUACUCUCGGGGGGGGGUCGAAAGUCGGUUCCUUCCGAUUCGGUAUGGCCCCUCGUGAAAAUGCGAGGGCGUAUUUCUGUUUUAGAACUGUAUUUGACUCAUUUCAAAUUUAGACCUUUCGGCGAGUCUUGUGAUCGUUUUGUUCGUAAUAAAAAAAAUAUCUCUCUUGAAAUUUUUAAAAUGGUAACCCUACGCAUAUGAAGUUUGUCGUCUAGAAUAGACCUUGGAGCCUUCUGCCCACUGAUCCGAAGCUGACUUCGGAUCAGUCGCGGGACGUUCUCGUCGUUGCCGCCAGCGACAGGUCGGCACCCAGUAGUUUCCCGCCGUUUCCCGACACUUGUAACGCUUGGGCAUUGUCUAUGAACGCUUAUUUUCCCGACGUGACGUCGACAUCCUCUAACUAUUGCAACACGUCAUAACAUACGCGCCUUUAAUUGUGAAUUGUGUAAACUAAAAUUAGCCGAUUAGGGCUUUCAUUUCGAUUGUAGGCGUUAAGAGUGGUUGACGUAUUUAAUUAUACUUUAAUUGGCUAUUAGGUUAUAGACGAUGCCCGCUCUCCGCUUCUCUCAGCUUGGUAGAGGAAUAGACAAUAUUUUUUCUACUUCUAUCUAAAUGUACAAACUAUACCUAUUUGUAUAUAAGACUUAGAGCAGGGUGCCGAAAUAUGUGAUUUGUUCCAUUCCAUUGAACGUGAUCCUCAGUGAUAUUAUAUAGUUAGUGUUAGAUCGGUCAGAUUUCAGAUUAUAUUUAAAGAAGUAUUUGUACUUUAGUAGGGAUUAGUGUAGUUUAUCCGAUGUCUUUAGAUUGCGUAGACAUCUGGUCAGGAGCGAGCAGGCGAGCGACUGGCGCACGAGUGAACUUGCAAGUGAACAAGCGAGUCAAGUUGCCAGUGAACAUGCAAGUGAACUUGCGGGUGAACUUGCGAGUAGCGCGCUAGCACGGCGGCCUCGAUCCAGGACCGCUAAGGGGUUUAUCAGAGAUUUUAAUCAAAUAAAGAUUUUGUCUCAAGUGA